UUUUUUUUCAAAAUGGCGAUCACGGAGGACCAAGUUUACGAGAAAGUGCCAGUAAAUGAUGUAAUAAGUGAAAAUGAAGAAACCCAAAUUCCCUCUUACGGCUAUGGAAUCCGUCACGUCCAAGCCAUAAUUCUCUUUAUCUGCAUGUUGGUUGGUUAUAUGGCAAGAACCCACCUAGGAGUCACCAUAGUAGCGAUGACCAGUGUCAUUGCUCAUGAAAAACCUGGAUUGAAUAUGACAGUUAUGGAAGCAAAUGGAACAGGACUUAAUAUAACUGAUGCUUUAGAUUUUAAUAUUACUAGCGCUGGGAGUGAAAUAUUUAUUUUAAACAGUAGUAGUGAAGGCAGUAUAUGGAAUGUUUAUCGGACGUACGACUGGUCAAAACCUAUACAUGAUUUGAUCCUGGGUGCUUUCUUUGUUGGCUAUUGUAUCGCCAUGUUUCCCACCGGCAUGAUCUGUCAACGUUUCGGCGGGAAGCUGCCACUUCAGAUAAGUCUGCUGAUAAAUGGAAUAGUAACUUUAGCGACUCCGUCCGUUGCUGUUUGGGGUGGCUGGAAGGCCGUGUACUGUUGUCGAGUCAUCCAAGGACUAAGCCAAGCUGGUCUAUACCCAAGUGCUCACAGCCUUCUAGCCAAGUGGGUCCCUGUCAGUGAAAAAGCCACUAUUAGCAGUUUUGUAUACACUGGAACCUUACUAGGAACAGUGAUUGCCUUUCAAAUAGCAGGGUUAUUGGCCAGCACUGCCGCAGGGUGGCCUAGUAUCUUCUGGAUCACAGGCGCUUUAUGUAUAGCGACUUGUCUAAUGUUAACCGUCUUCGGCGCUGCCAGCCCCGAUCUUCACAAGACUAUCAGCGAGGACGAGAAAAACUACAUUUUGGGCAAGAUAGAUGAUGGUGUAAAGAAAAAGGCUGCCAAGGCACCAUGGAAACAUAUCUUCACAUCGAUACCCGUCUGGUCUACAUUCGUUACUCACACUGCGGCCGGGAUCUGUUUCGUCUUUCUUUUUACUCAAAUACCAUCAUACAUGCACUAUAUACUCGGCUUUAAUGUCAAAGAUAGUGGACUUCUAUCCUCACUGCCUUAUAUAGCGAGUUCUAUCGCUAAUAUUGCCUUUGGAGUCUUCUUCGACUUCUGCAUCAACAGGGGCUAUCUCUCAACCAAAAAUGCGCGUAGGGUGUGCAGCAGUCUUGCUGCAUGGGGUCCAGCAGUGUGUCUGGUGUCAGUUUCUUUCACACACAAUAGUGGACUAGCGGUGUUUCUGUUGAUCAUGGCAGUGGGACUGACUGCAGGCAUUCACUCUGGAUGGAUGGUUAACUACAUAGACCUGUCACCUAACUUCAGCGGUUCUUUGAUAGCCACUGGCAAUACCUUUUCAACCAUCGGCAUCACCUUACUGCCCGUUCUUGUAUCUAACGUUGUCAUCGAUGUGUAUGAUCGGCAUCAGUGGCGCAUUGUCCUGUUUGUCAUGGCUACUAUUACAUCCGUCUGCAAUGCAGUUUUCGUCAUCUUCAUGUCUGCUGAUAAGCAACCUUGGGACCAGAUCGAUGAUGAAGAAAAUGUUGCAGUCGAAAAAUCUACCGAAAUAACUGUGGAAAAAAAUGAACCCGAACGGAAUGUAUUAAAUAUGGAUCGUUAA